UAAAAACUAACGCCAUUGAACAUGUUGCGUCGAGUUGUCACGGCGGCGUUGCCGUUGCGGCGAUGGACGAGCAGUCGCCGAUGCCAUGGCUCCGUGCAGCAAACACCAUGUGGGGGGGCUUCCACCGACAAGUCACGUGACGUGUGCUGGAAAUGUGGCCAACCCACGGACUGUUGUUCGUUCUUCUGUGCAUCCUGCAGCCAUAUUCAACCGCUGCGGGCGGAAGGCGUGUGCAACUACUUCAAGAUAUUUGGCAUCCCCGAGUCGUUUGCUAUCGACGCCAAGAAAGUCGAGCAGUUGUACUGGUCGCUGCAAAAGAAGAUGCACCCUGAUUUGUAUGGAUCCAAGUCGGACGUGGAGAAGGAGCUGUCGGUGGUCAACUCGGCAUUAGUGAACCAAGCGUAUAACCUCCUCAAAGCUCCCACGAGCCGUGCCAACUACCUGCUGCACUUGCACGGCAUCGACGCCUUAGGCGAUACCACGACCUUUGUCGACCCAGCGACGCUCAUGGCCAUCAUGGAAGCGAGGUAGCGUGACGCUCUUGAGCCAGUUUCUUACGAUCAUGUAUACAUAUGGGUAUGGGUGGAUGGAUGGCAGGGAGGAGAUUGAAGAGUGUACGUCCAUGGACGAGCUCGACCGACACAAGGCGCAUAAUGCCAACCAGAUCGAAGCGUGCAUGCAAAAACUGGCGGAAGCGUUCGACUCGAACCAAGACUUUGACACGUCCAAGCGACUCACAGUCGAAUUGCAGUACUUGGUCAAGCUCAGCGAAGCCAUUCUCGACAAGCAAGACCAUCUGGACCAGUAGAAGUGACACCACGAUGGAAAUAUUGUACCGUAAAGUACUACAGGAAUACUACUACAAUGGAAACAUGUAAAUUGUACAGUAGUACCG